AUGGUAUUCUCGACCCCGGCAUUCAUCACCCGCCUGACGCGACCAUUUACGACAUCAACCAUGCUCUCCGUCUCCGAGGCCACAUCCGGCGGCGGCGCGGCGGCAGCGACGAUCCCCGAGGGUGCUCAGCGGGCGACCUUUGCGGCGGGUUGCUUCUGGGGCGUGGAGCACAUCUUCCGCAAGCACUUUGAGAACAAGGGCCUGUACGACGCGCGCGUGGGCUACAUUGGCGGCGAGGCGCAGAACCCGUCGUACCGGGCCGUGUGCUCGGGCGCGACGGGCCACGCCGAGGCGACGCAGGUCGUCUUCGACCCCAGCCGCAUCAGCUACAGGCAGCUGGUCGAGUUCUUCUACAAGACGCACGACCCGACGACGCCCAACCAGCAGGGUAACGACAGAGGCACCCAGUACCGAAGCGCCGUGUUUUACCACAACGCCGAGCAGGAGAAGAUCGCGAGGGAGGUGACGCAAAAGGCAAACGAGCAGUGGUGGAAGGGCAAGAUCGUCACGGAGCUGCUACCAGCCGGACAGUGGUGGGACGCAGAGGACUACCACCAGUUGUACCUUCACAAGAACCCGUCUGGGUACCAGUGUGCCAGCCACCACCUGAGGGAUUUCCCCGAGCUCAAAUGA